UAUUUCCAGUUUAAGAUAUCUUUGAAUUCCUCUAAAUAUCCCUCUUGAAUUAAGUCUUAUCUAGUCAAAAUGAUGUAGAUAUCUCAAGUCUUUGAUGUGACAGAACACAGCAGAGCUCACAUAUACUUUGUGCGCAAUAACCGUUUGAUCCAGGUUCUGUUAUGGACCUGAACCUCCGUGUGUUCCGUGCUCUGAUUGGACCGUCCAGGUGUCACUCCGGUCACCGUAGAGUCAUUUGCAUGAGGAGGAGACUAUAAAUAAGUAAUGGUUGAGGGAACGCCUUCCCAGGCGCACUCCGCUGAUGCAGUCGGGACAAGAGCAACACAGAGCAAUUGUCUGAGAAGAAACCAGAAAGAUGUCUGUCAGAGCACCUCCACAUUCUUCUUACAGGAAGAUGUUCGCCGGGGAGAGAGUCGUGACCAGGACCGGCUACAGCAGCCGCCAGUACUCCAGCCCGGUGCGCUCCUCCCGGGUAUCCUACGGUCUCUCCUCCGCCCCGAACGUCUAUGCAGUGAAGACCCAGAGGCUCCGGAGCAGCGCGGCCAUGCCCCGGCUGGCCUCCGAGAACUUGGACUUCUCCUUGUCCGACGCCAUCAACAGCGAGUUCAUCACGAACCGCACCAACGAGAAAGCGCAGAUGCAGUCCCUCAACGACCGCUUCGCCAACUACAUCGAGAAGGUCCGUUUCUUGGAGCAGCAGAACAAGAUCCUGCUGGCGGAGCUGGAGCAGCUGCGGGGCAAAGGCACGUCCCGGGUGGGAGAUCUGUACGAGGAGGAGAUGCGGGAGCUGAGGCGCCAGGUGGACCAGCUCACCAACGAGAAGGCCCGGGUGGAAGUUCACCGGGAUAACCUGGCGGACGACAUCGACAGGCUGAGAGAGAAGUUGCAGGAUGAGAUAUCCCAGCGUGAGGAGGCUGAGAGCAGCAUGCACAGCUUCAGACAGGAUGUGGACAAUGCUGCCCUCGCCAGACUGGACCUGGAGCGGAAGGUGGAGUCGCUCCAGGACGAAAUCAACUUCCUCAAGAAGCUGCAUGACGAAGAAAUGAUGGAGCUGUCGAACCAGAUCCAGCAGCAGCAGCAUGUGCAGGUGGACAUGGAGAUGGCUAAACCUGACCUGACAGCUGCCCUGAGGGACGUCCGCCUGCAGUAUGAGAACCUGGCCUCCAAAAACAUCCAGGAGUCUGAGGACUGGUACAAAUCCAAGUUUGCUGACCUCACUGAAGCUGCAGCCAGGAAUAAUGAUGCUUUGAGAGUUGCCAAACAAGAGGCCAAUGACUACAGACGCCAGGUUCAGUCACUUACUUGUGAGGUGGAUGCCCUUAAAGGAACUAAUGAGUCCUUGGAGCGCCAGAUGAGAGAGGUGGAGGAGAACUUCUCCCUGGAGACAAACGGUUACCAGGACAGCAUCGGCCGCCUGGAGGAGGACAUUCACAACAUGAAGGAUGAGAUGGCCCGUCACCUCCGGGAGUACCAGGACCUCCUUAAUGUCAAGAUGGCCCUGGACAUUGAGAUUGCCACCUACAGGAAGCUGCUGGAAGGAGAGGAGAGCAGAAUCACCACUCCAUUGCCAAACUUCUCAUCUCUAAACCUGAGAGAAACAAUGAUUGAUUCCAAACCUCAUUUUGAAGCUACAACAACUAAGAAGGUCCUCAUCAAGACCAUUGAGACCAGGGAUGGUCAGGUGAUCAACGAGUCAACCCAGAACCACGAUGACAUGGAGUAAUAAUAAUGCCUCUGUCUUUGCCAAACAAUCAACAAAAGCAAUACGAAGAAACACAUUUCACCUGGGCUACAAGCAAGCAAACAAACGAACAACACAGCUUCGAGAAGUGCCUUUAUAUGUGAUGAUCUGUUAGUUGACACAGACUGUAUUCUGCUUCCUCCUCUGCUGAGAGUAUUAUCUUUUUGUCACAUUUGUUUAGACACAAUAAUGAAAUCAGCACAAGAUAGAAAUCCUUAUUGAGGUCUACAAAAAUCUUUCUUUGUAACCAAAGUAGUAUUUUGAUCAAUACAGCAUGCACACUCCAGGAAAUCUGUAUGCUAAAGAUGUCACAAUUGCCUGUACGCAGCAAUAAACCAGAAAGACUGUAACUCAA